AUGCGGUUGCUUCUUUUUCUCGUAGCAGCAUGCAACUUCGAAAUUGUCCACUGCCAAAUUUAUAAAGGAAUGAGAGCUGCUGACUAUGCCAAAAUGACCAAGGGCCCGUCACAGUUUGGGAAACUGAGGACGAGAGGAAAGACGUUGCCACCGCCAGUGGAAGAGACCAUGAUUUUCGGCGCCUGGCUUCAGGGAAAUAUGAAGAGUACCAAAUGGCUCCAUCUUUUUCAACACCACGAAAUCAAGCUCUGGCACAAUUUCGAAUACAAAGAAACAAACUCCGAAAAGCUCGAAAUCGUCUUCCAUAAUUACUACAAAAAACCGCUGGUGACAAUGGAUAUCACCAAAUAUUCACAAGAGAAAUUGAUAAAAUUGCUGAAACACCAAGGAUUUUACCGACGACGAUAUCAGUUUGAAAAAAUGAACGAGGACCAAGCAGAAGCGCCAUUCAUCAAGUACAAGUGGGAACCUGGCAAGAUGGAACUCCGAUAA